UCACUGUACUCAACGACGUACGAGAAUCGAAAAGUCUCUCCCUCUCGCUUAUAGUCCUUGGAGUCCCCAAACUCUGUCCGUCCUCCCAAUCCAAAUACUACGGCACCCCUCCUCACUCUCCUUCAUCCCCCCUCUCAGGCGUUCGCCAUUCUCUCUCCUCACCAUCUUCAGACCCACCACCACAAUGAGCAAAGGCUCCUUCCUGUCCGGCGGAGUGGUGAAGAAGAUCCUUCUCAAUUACACCUACGUAGCCAUCUGGAUCUCCUUAUCUUUCAGCGUCAUCGUUUACAACAAGUACAUCCUCGACAAGAAGCUCUACAACUGGCCAUACCCAAUAUCUCUCACUAUGAUCCACAUGGCCUUCUGUUCCACCCUCGCUUUUUUCGCCGUCCGUGUCUUCUCUCUCGUCGAACCAGUCUCCAUGUCGCGUGACGUCUAUCUCUCCUCCGUCGUCCCCAUCGGCGUUCUCUACGCCAUCAGCCUCUGGCUCAGCAACUCCGCUUAUAUAUACUUAUCAGUCUCUUUCAUCCAAAUGCUAAAGGCCCUCAUGCCAGUGGCUGUAUACACCAUUGGAAUUUCUUUCAAGAAAGAUCAGUAUAAGAACGAUACAAUGGCUAAUAUGUUGGCGAUUUCACUGGGGGUUGGGGUUGCUGCUUAUGGGGAGGCCAAAUUCGAUACAUGGGGGGUGUUCCUCCAACUGGGUGCUGUGGCUGUUGAGGCCACAAGGCUUGUGAUGAUCCAGAUCUUGUUAACUUCAAAGGGUAUUAAACUAAACCCUAUUACAACUCUGUAUUAUGUGGCUCCGUGUUGCUUGGUUUCCCUUUGUGUUCCGUGGGUUUUCGUGGAAUACCCUGUUUUGAGGGACAAUUCGAGUUUUCAACCCGAUUUCUUCAUUUUCGGGACCAAUUCUUUGUGUGCUUUUGCUUUGAAUUUGGCUGUGUUCUUGAUUGUUGGGAAGACAUCGGCUUUGACGAUGAAUGUGGCUGGGGUUGUGAAGGAUUGGCUUUUGAUUGCGUUUUCUUGGUCGGUGAUUAAGGACACUGUAACUCCGGUCAAUCUUUUUGGGUAUGGUUUGGCGUUUUUGGGUGUUGGGUAUUAUAAUUAUUGUAAGUUGCAGGCUUUGAAAGCGACUGAGGGGCAGAAGAAGGUUCAAGAGGCUGAUGAAGAGGCCGGAAAGUUGUUGGAGGAGAGAGAAGGUGGUGGAGAUGGAUUGGGGAAGAAGAUUGAUUCCCAGGAAUAACUCAAUAGCUAAGUUAAACAUAACAAAAAAGUGGUGUGGAAAUGAAAAAGGCUGAUAGAAGAGGAUAGAGUGAUGAAAGGGUUUGGAAUUUGGGGGCAAAAGAAAUUGAGUGUCUGAGUUAUCUUAUGCUCUUUGGAUGGAUUAAGAUUAUUGGUAUGUUGGUUGGUCAUCUUUAUUUAUGCUCUAGUUAUGGUUAUUACUGAUAUUAAAAGGUAUUCGGGACUCACAUUUCUUGCUUAUAUUGCCAGUUUAUGUACGUUAGUAGAGUAAGAAUCUCGAAUUCCCGAUAUCUAUUUACACUUAUCCUUAUAUUUUUAUUUUUGAAUUCAGGUACUUAUGAAUGUGUAAGAACUCUUAGGUUUUAUAUAUGAAUGUAAAUCCAUUUUGCACACAUGAUCUUUUUUAUGUAUUGAUUGAUUGCUUAAUGCUUUAGUUCUUGCGGUGAACUUUGUCUGUAAUACAAUGGUUAGACC